GGACUGUCCGGCAAAAUGACGGCUGUAAAGGCGCGGGCAGUGUUCAUAAGAGCAGUUUUCCGAGGCUUGACAGUCGGGUUUUACGGAUAAAACAUUCCAGGAGCUGUCGGCGAGAGAAACCUGGCAGCGUCGGUGGCAACUCUUUGGACCGCGAUUUUGCUGCAGCAUCAGUCCGUGUGUGCCUCGUUUUAUGUCUUGGUGCACGAGCACACCGUCGUCUUCGGGACAAGACGAAUGGACCUUUGAACAGUCUUCACAACACUGUGCAGAAAUGUCUUAAUGCUUGUUCGUGGGGAUAGUCGCCGUCUGCAGUUCAUCUGCCAAGCCUACACUUCGUUCACAGGGAAACGGGAUGGUGAGCUGGUCGGCUGUACGUACAGGCGGCUCUGUAGGAUAGGCGACUUGUGUGGGUGAAACUCACUCUAGUCAAAUGAGAAAAAACCGUGUCCUCCACUACUGCAGAUGCCAGGGCACCUCGUGGGCUUUUGAGUCUCCCUGCUUUUCGAGUUUUGACCUUACCCAGCAAAACGCAGAUUGGCUGGCAUUCACGCUGGCGUGCAUGCGGCGCGAGUCGCGAAUCGCAAGGAAGGCAUUCUUUUUGUGCCGGGCAAGUCGUCACCAGAAGAACGUCUUUUCCAGCGGUCCAUUUCUCCUGCGCUCUUCAGGGGUUGCCUAUUUGGAGAUGUUUGUCUGGCUGCCCAGCACACACAUACACACUCGUGUUCCGGAUCUCUUUUUUCGUCUCCGGGAUAUCGAGGCCUGCCGCCGAACUGAACCGUCUGUCGAGUAGAUAUUCAGCUCCCUGGUGUGUCGGGAAGCGCGGCUUUUUCCCACACUAUCCCGUCUGUAAAGUGCGCCCUCGUCGGGGUAUUGUUUCUUUGACACCAACGCGUUGCCACCAUGUCGGGAGCAGAAGACCCAACUUCUCCAAUGGACGUCAGUGCACCGCCCCCCUCUGCCUCUAGUAGUGGUAGUGGCGCCGCCGCCGCAGAAGCAAGCUCUUCUGAGGUUCCUGUUCGGAGAUUCGAAGUUAAAAAGUGGUCUGCCGUCGCCCUUUGGUCCUGGGACAUCGUCGUCGACAACUGUGCGAUUUGCCGAAAUCACAUCAUGGACUUGUGUAUCGAGUGCCAGGCGAGUCAGGGAGGCUCGAGUUCGGAAGAGUGCACAGUUGCUUGGGGCGUGUGCAACCACGCUUUCCACUUCCACUGCAUCUCGCGAUGGCUCAAGACGCGGCAGGUCUGUCCCCUGGACAACGCCGACUGGGAAUUCCAGAAGUAUGGCCGGUAGGGGUCCGGCUGCUUUUCCGCUCUGUCAAGAUGUCGCGUUAAACAACGUUGUAGGAUUGCGACUCCCGACUGUACGAAUGGCCGUUUCCGUGCUGGGAUUUCUUACCGUUGCGAAUUUCUAUCGAUAUCAAUGACUCCCUUAUGCAGCACGUGGACACGGUCGCAACCCUCACAGGUUGGCAAAGGUAGAAUGAGAGGAAACGAGGGACCUGUCAUUCGUGAAGUCGUUCCAACAGGACCGUUGAGGUUUUCUGGAGUCCCCACGGUAGUGCGGUUUUCCGGUCGCACCGGAACGCACAUGUCGGACAGUAACUUAGAAACACAGGAUGUGGAGCAAAAGGCGUAUGAGCGUAUAUAUAAGUGCAACAGUACUUGUACAGCUGUCCACAGUCUUGCAUAAUGAUUGACAUCUUCUAAGCUACAGACAAAUCUAUUAGCAUGUAUAUGCGUUUCGUUAUUUAGUCUAGUUCUGGGACGACCGCUUGGUUUUGAGGUGUGCCGGGUUUUUUUGGAAAAGUGUUCUAGGGGAACUCGUGCAUAAAUGCCGAGUUCUCAGUUGGCGCUCAUUUAUUUCCUGCUGAGGAGUAGCCGGAAUAUCGUUUGGGGAUGCUGCAGACCAUAUGAGCUCUAAGUGCAUUAAAAACAUGGGACCUGAACAUAACUCAAAAGCAUCCUCAUGGAGUGACCCGGUGCUUCUUACUUUUUUCAUGUCUCAAAAACCGUAGAGUGAGAGAUACUCAUGUUUCGGUACUUCUGCAACUUUCGUCGGACUUUCCUUGUUUAAAG